GGUGAUUGUCACUACGGAUUCCUUUUCGGAAGACUGCACAAUCCGGCUGUCGUUCCACAUGCGUCGAGGUACGUCAGAUUGAUCAUCUUUUGCUUGCCGCAGCAUCAUCGUCUCCGACCUAGACCGAGGAUUCCUGUCUGCACACCUCCCAUUGCCCAGUUCAUCCAAUGUGCACAACCUCUUUGUCGACCUGCUUGAUCUCAUGACAGGCUGUCUUGUGAGAGCCAGCCACUAAUAUCGAACUUAGUUCUGCUCGUUGUCUUACCAUUGCUACUGGCAUGCAUGCCUGCAAGUGACCCCGGGUGAUAUGAUACAAAAGACAAGAACGCUGCCGCCAAAAUGAACAUCAGAGACAGCGAGUCCAGCACUGAUGACGAGCUGCCAGAGCCCGCCUACGGUAGCCUGAGGAGGAGCAAUCCUGUACCGUCGACGAGCACGGAGGCUCCAGCGAGCGGUGGCGAGGUUCUGACUACACCUACGGCAGCGGCAAGCACAAGUGACACCUCGACGUUAAGAAGCAGCAUUCCACCCGUCUCUUCGUACGCGAGCCCAGAAUACUCUGUCUUCAGCACGCAAAGUGCCAUUUCCAGACCUGCGUCGCCACCGUCACCCCUCCAAUACUCGAACAGAUCGAGCAGCGUACAUGAGGAUUCGCCAGACCCAAUGGAUGCGUCAAGAUCGGCUACAUCAUCGAGAACUGCUUUGUCAUUUAAUACUGCCACGCCCGUUCUGGGCGAUGUGGCGUUGACAGCAGUGGAGAAAGAUGGAGAUGAUCCAACGUUGCCACUAGGAGAACGACUCCGGUAUAAUAGGCAUGCUACGCCGACAGCGUUAACAAGGCUACUAGCAUCAAGAAUUCUGGACUCCUCAGAGCCAUCGAGGGAAAGCUCAUACAUAGACGGGAACCCAAAUCUGACGCGACAGAUUUCGAGCUCUGGAUCCUCCUCUCUUCAUGAACAUCUCUAUCGGCGCGGACUGUUAGAAGGCAAACAUUCAGACAUCGCCAUCAUAGCUUUCGGGCAUAAAUAUAAUCUUCACAAACUGGUUCUCGAUCGCGCACCUUUCUUCACGACUGCACUCUCAGAGCCUUGGCUUGAAAGCCAAAGCAGAGAGAUUAUAUUGCACCCUGAAGACGUCGACCCGACAAUAACUCGGAAGGCAUUCGAACUUGCUCUCAAGAGCUUGUACGGAUGCAGCAUCCGUGACGAGGAAGAUGCUGAGGCAAUCGGUCUCUUCACGACUGGUUGUUGGCUUGAUAUGAGCGACCUCGUGUCAUCAGCUAGCGAGUCCAUCCUACGCCAAAUGGGCCCAGAAACCCUGUCUCCACUGAUUCGCCUUGUGACAAACAACUACUACGGCCGUGCAGGAGAUCGCAUCCUUUCGUCUGCAAAGGCAAUGCUUUGUCGCGACGGCUGGGAGAUGCCGUUAAAGUACUGGGAUGACAUUCCGGGGGAGAUUGUACGUGAUAUUGUUGGCGGAGAUGGAUUUUACGUGUAUGGAGAAUGGGAUCGUUGGGUCUUGGCAAAGAGAUUGCUUGAUCGGAGGUUAAGACAGAAGGCUGUGGAGUAUGGGCUUGUGCCACCCGGAUCGAGAGCUAGUCUCCUGCAGGCGCCAGAGAUGCUCCGUCGCUCAGUAGGUCGGCAAGUCGGUGCUGGAUAUACUUGUAACGUAUCCAUGGAGAACACUGCGAGUGGCUCCGAUGCCGCUACGCAGGAUAUUUGGACUGCGAUUUAUACGGAUCCCGACAUCGAGCCUCUGCUUGUGCUUCUGGAUCACGGAAUACAUUACGUUCAUCUAGACUUUGAGAGGCUGCAAUACAUUCGCCAGGCAAGGGACGUGUUUGGUUUGCCUGUGCUCCCCGAACAUAUCGUCAACGAAGCGCUGUGGAUGCAGAUGGAGCUUAGACAAAGAGUUCUCAACGCACGAGAAAGUGAUUUGGAGCUAGGUCUUUCUCAGGCCGCUGAGACGACGGACCUGCCAACGAAGGCGCAAAUUCAAACUCCUGGCGCAGCUACGUCAUCAUCCUCAACAACGACGACAUCCGCCAAGGGUAAGCAAAAGAUUGGUAACGUGGAGAGUGCUACAGAGAAUGACACAAUUGCGGGAGAUGCAAAUCAACCACGGAAGUUCUGGAUCCCUAGCGCAGAUUGCACCAUUGUCAUAGGCGGUAAUGCGGAACCAGUCAUCACAACAAGCUCUUCGAAUCAUUAUUUUCAGCUCUCUUCAAGCUUACCUACCGGUGUCGAUGUCUCUGAUGUUCUUUGGGCUUCGAAUUUUGCUGGACCAUCGCCGUCGAGGACUAAAGAGCGUGGCUCGUCCGGUCAAGAACCUUGCGAUCCCGUCAACCACCCGCGCCCGGUUGCUUACUCGAAGUUUCCGCCGUUCAGAUUUGCGGUUGAAUUUCCGAAUCCGAGAGGAUUGAAAGAGAAGAAGAGAGUAUACUCAAGAACCGUAUCCUAUGCUGGCAGUAACUGGAAUAUAUAUAUUCAGAAAGUCCGCUCCCAAAAGAACCCGCAACUUGGAGUCUAUCUUCAUCGCGCCAAAGGGCGUGAUACUGAGGAUUAUUCGUCCACCCGGCAAUCAAUCAGCAAUUCCAGCACAGUCGACGAACGCAUCGGUCUGCUCGAGCGCGAAGUGCUUCUUCGUAGCUCAGAUGUACACCGAACGACAGGUAGCAGAAGCACACUCACAAGACACAGCGACCGGAGCUUUAGCGACGAGACAGACGAUGGAUCUAUGGCUUCGUAUCGCCGACGAGUGUUUGGCUCUGGAGAGGGAACGAUUCUCGAUACUAGUUGGACAGCGUUUGAUUCUGAUUCCGAAAGUGACGAUUAUUCCCCCUCCACUACCCUCGUCGACCACAACGGCAACAGUGCUUGUAGAAACGGCGGCAAUUUCUUUGAAGAGCAAGCAGCCACCUCGAGUACGUCUUCGGCCGUUCCCAAUUUGACGCACUUGACGCACUUCCCGCCUCCUACACAGUCAAAUGCAUCUCGUCAGCGCAGCGUCCUUGCAAAGGCCAGCCAUUUCCAAGCAAAGCGCACGCCCACUGUACCUCCAUAUACGGACACACGACCCACAAUCAAAACGUACUUUAAGAUCUACUCACCUAGCAAGGGAGGGAGGUUGUUGAGCGUAUACGAAUCUGCGCCGGACAAGUUUGAUUUCAGCCAGAGCUGGGGUUGGAAGAGCAGUACGCUUAUGCUGGAUGAGGGAUUCUCGUCUAGAUCAGGACCGGAAGGCAUGGAGGCUCCCAGCUUGAACAUCGCCCAGACGGACAACGCUGGUGAAACGACGUCGGCAAGUCAGCAAGGCGGCUUGGACAGGGAUGCUGAAAGGGAAAGGGAACGGAGAAAGAGGAACGAGGGUGUCUUGCGAUUUAUGGUCGUUAUUGGAAAUCUCUAAGAUGCAGAUGAUCAUGCGGAACUUUCUUUGGCGUGCAAUAUAUGAUACCCCUUCAUUUGUGACGAAUGCAGAUUCGGGGAAAAGUAACGAAUCACCAAAGCUGUAUGACUAUCUUAGCCCGUCGUGUUCCAAUCUGAAUGUGUUGUCUUCUCUUGAUAGUUGUGGAAUGAAUAGAGC